AUGAAGUGGCUUCCCGUCGUCCCCGCCCUCGUGGCGACUUCCCAGGCCGCCCUCCGAUUCGGAUGCUCCACCCUGACCAUCCAGCGCCUCGACCCUCUCGUCGAGCCCGGUGCGGUCCCCUCGGCCCAUCUUCACCAGAUUGUCGGCGGCAAUGCCUUCAAUGCCAGCAUGGACGACACCGUCGGCGACAAGGGAACUUGCACCACCUGCACCUUUAGCGAGGAUUUCUCCAACUACUGGACCGCCGUCAUGUUCUUCAAGCACUCCAACGGUACCUACCAGCGUGUUCCCAUCAUGCAGAACACCGCUCUCCCCAACGGUAUCAACGGUGGCAUGACCGUCUACUACACCCAGCAGGACUUCUCCUCCAACGGAAACCAGAAGAUCACUGCCUUCCCUCCCGGCUUCCGCAUGGUCGUCGGUAACCCCGGUGUUAGGACUUUGGCCGAGCAGCAAGCUGAGCAGGGUGCUCCUGGUCUCCGCUUCGUGUGCCUCCAGAACAAGGGCACUCGCUUCCCUGAGCUCGCCAACUUCCCCACCUCCCCUUGUGUCGGCGGUAUCAUGACCGUCCACCACUUCCCCGCCUGCUGGGAUGGCGGAACCUUUGUCAACGCCGGUGCUUGCCCCGCCUCCCACCCCGUGCGCGUUCCUCAGGUCGCGUACGAGACCCUCUGGGAUACCACCCAGUUCAACGGUCUCUGGAACACCGGCGACCCCAACCCCUUCACCCUCAGCUACGGUGACGGCGACGGCUACGGCACCCACGCCGAUUACCUCUUCGGAUGGAAGGGUGACUCGCUCCAGCGCGCCAUGGACUCCAACUGCAUGUUCAACGCCUGCGAGGGUGGACGUCCUCUUCUGUCUCAGGGUGUCAACGAGAUGAACAAGUGCACUGUUCAGACGCUCGUCGAUGAGAACAUCGAUGGCUGGCUCACCGAGAUGCCUGGCCAGGGCGCCAUCGUGAACAAGAAAUAA